CUUUUGUACAAAGUACUUCCGGUGGGGUCACCGACGAGCUUUUAUGAGCGAAAUCUUCCCCCUCGUGUUUACCGACGUCGGUGUCUGUAUAAUGUGAAGCGUCGGUUGCUGGAGCUACAUUAGUGUUGUCAACGGCUACAGUUAACGGCCGCUCCGCUCAACCGCUCUCCCCCAACGACCGCACAACGCGGGCAGACAAGCGAGGCGAAAAGAGGAAGCAAUAGCCAACCAUCUUUCUUCUCCUGCCAGCAAUAACAAGAAAGAGACCAGGCUGGGAAUCAAGUGGAGCUGUGUGUAGUUCGCAGUUUAUUGUGUGUUUUAUACCGGAUACAGGACUUUGGAUAAAAACAACCUCUCCGCGUUAAGAUAAAACAAAAAGCUCCCGGACACUGAGCUCAACCGCCCCCCUCUCUCUCUCUGUCUCUCUCUGUCUCUCUCUCUUCCUAACCCCGGCGAGCCUGGAAGUUUCCGAUCAGAAGACUGGCUGUAAAGAAUUAGUAUUCCCGUUUUUUCAUGUUUCCAACAGGUUUAUCUUCCCCUAAUCCCCCACCACCGCCAACCCAGGAGGCAAGACCAGCGGCUACUGAUGUCAAAAACGAAAGCGGCAACAUCACAUCUCCGAAGAAGAGGAAAAUAAACGGCUCAGAGAGGGAAGACACUACUGACACGAUCUCCUCUUCGCCUCCCAAGACCCUGAAUUCCUCCUCCUCCUCUUCUUCCUCUUCCUCCUCCUGCUCUCCCACUCCGCUGCACAUUCAGAAGAAGUUGAGGUUCGAGGAUUCAGUGGAUUUCAUUGGACUGGAUGUGAAAAUGGCUGAGGAGGCUGCUGCGGCUUCGUGCUCCAAUAACAAAAGCAAAGCGGUGUUCCUGUCCGGCGGCGUGGGGCACCAUGCGAACGGACUGACGAAGACCGCAGGCUCCGGUACCUUCUCCAACAGUAAACCUGGUGCUGCCAAGAAACUAGUCAUCAAGAACUUCAAAGAAAAGCCCAAAUUGCCUGAGAACUACACACAGGAGACCUGGCAGAAGCUGAAGGAGGCAGUCGAGGCCAUACAGAACAGCACUUCAAUCAAGUACAAUCUAGAGGAGCUCUACCAGGCUGUGGAGAACCUGUGCUCCCAUAAGAUAUCUGCCAAGCUUUACAAACAGCUGCGAGCCGUGUGUGAAGACCACAUCAAGUCACAGAUCGAUCAAUUCAGAGAGGAUGCCCUGGACAGUGUGCUGUUCCUAAAGAAAAUUGACAAGUGCUGGCAAGAUCACUGCAGACAAAUGAUCAUGAUUAGGAGUAUAUUUUUGUUUUUGGACCGUACCUAUGUUUUACAAAAUUCAAUGCUGCCAUCAAUCUGGGACAUGGGUCUGGAGCUGUUCAGGUUCUACAUCAUCAGUGACCGGAAGGUCCAGAGUAAAACCAUCGACGGGAUCCUGCUGCUCAUCGAGAGGGAGCGAAACGGCGAGGCGAUAGACCGCAGUCUACUGAGGAGCCUACUGAGCAUGCUCUCUGACUUACAGAUUUAUCAAGACUCCUUUGAGCAGCGCUUCUUGGAGGAAACUAAUCGUCUGUACGCUGCAGAGGGACAGAGGCUGAUGCAGGAGAGAGAGGUACCAGAAUAUCUCCAUCAUGUCAACAAACGCUUGGAGGAGGAGGCUGACAGAGUCAUCACAUAUCUAGACCAGAGCACACAAAAACCACUCAUUGCUACUGUAGAGAAACAGUUGCUGGGUGAACAUCUCACGGCUACUCUGCAAAAAGGGUUGACUCACCUGCUGGAUGAGAACAGAAUUCAGGAUCUGUCUCUUCUCUAUCAGCUCUUCAGUCGAGUCCGAGGUGGCGUUCAGGUCCUCCUGCAACACUGGAUAGAGUACAUAAAGGCUUUUGGAAGCACAAUCGUUAUCAAUCCAGAAAAGGACAAAACAAUGGUGCAAGAGUUGCUGGACUUUAAAGACAAGGUGGAUCACAUCAUCGACAUCUGCUUCAUGAAGAACGAGAAGUUCGUCAACGCCAUGAAGGAGGCUUUCGAAACAUUCAUCAACAAACGGCCAAAUAAACCAGCAGAGCUCAUAGCAAAACACGUGGAUUCAAAGCUAAGAGCAGGAAACAAAGAGGCAACAGACGAGGAACUGGAGAAGAUGCUGGAUAAGAUCAUGAUUAUCUUUAGAUUCAUCUAUGGAAAAGAUGUUUUUGAGGCCUUUUACAAAAAGGACCUCGCCAAGAGGUUGCUGGUUGGAAAAAGCGCCUCUGUGGAUGCUGAAAAAUCAAUGUUGUCAAAGCUGAAACAUGAAUGUGGAGCGGCGUUCACCAGCAAACUGGAGGGGAUGUUCAAGGAUAUGGAGCUUUCUAAAGACAUCAUGGUGCAGUUUAAACAGUAUAUGCAGUGCCAAAACAUUCCCGGCAACAUUGAGCUGACGGUGAACAUCCUCACUAUGGGUUAUUGGCCAACCUACGUCCCGAUGGAAGUGCACCUGCCUCCUGAGAUGGUGCGACUGCAAGAGAUCUUCAAGACCUUCUACCUGGGCAAACACAGUGGCAGGAAGCUGCAGUGGCAAUCAACGCUCGGCCAUUGUGUGUUAAAAGCUGAAUUUAAAGAGGGCAAGAAGGAGCUGCAGGUGUCACUUUUCCAAACGCUCGUGCUGCUGAUGUUCAACGAAGGAGAGGAGUUCACCCUGGAGGAGAUCAAACUGGCAACAGGAAUAGAGGACAGUGAACUGCGCAGGACUCUGCAGUCACUUGCUUGUGGAAAAGCACGUGUCCUCACCAAAAUCCCAAAAAGCAAAGACGUGGAGGAUGGGGACAAGUUUUCUUGCAAUGACGACUUCAAACAUAAGCUCUUCAGAAUCAAAAUUAACCAGAUCCAGAUGAAAGAAACGGUGGAGGAGCAAGCUAGUACCACAGAAAGGGUCUUUCAGGACCGGCAGUAUCAGAUUGACGCUGCAAUUGUGCGGAUCAUGAAGAUGAGGAAGACUCUGAGCCAUAAUCUCUUGAUGUCUGAGGUGUACAACCAGCUGAAGUUCCCUGUCAAGCCUGCUGACUUGAAGAAGAGGAUAGAGUCUCUUAUUGACAGGGACUAUAUGGAGCGUGACAAGGAGAACCCCAACCAGUACAACUAUGUGGCUUAGACAAAACAAAAAGUGACACAGAAAAAGAGACGCAGAUGGUCCAGUCAGGCUGAGGUGAUCGGUCUCUAAAUCUUUUGCUCCAGUGGACGUUAACCAUUAUCAUCUUCAACCCAGCGACCGACAAGUGAAUGGAUACUGCUCCACAGGAUUUUUUUUGGCAGGGGUCUUGUGAUCCUGUGGACUGCAUGCCCAUUGAAAAGAGAAUAUUGUCCAUAUUUUUCUCAAUGCCUCUGAGAGAGUUGGGCUACCGUGGACAGACAAAGAAGACACACAGAUGUUGUUCCGUUUGCUCUUUUUUUUUUUUUUUUUUUUUUUUAAAAAGGAGAGGAAAAAUAUUUAUUUUCAAACUUAGAUUCUUCUUUGUCCAUAGUUUGAAUCAAUAUGCUCUUUGUUAUCAAGUCACUUUUUUUUUUUUUGUUCAUUCAGUAUCCCAAGCAAAUGCUGACACACUUAACAAUGCUCUAAAUGUACCACACUUUCCAGAGAAAAAGGAUCAAAGAAAUAUUAAACUGAUGCUUGUUUCUUCAGUCAGUGUCAAAUGUGGGACUAUUGGACUAACAUUCAUAGUAGGGAAUUGACCUUUUGGGGAAUAUCUGUGUCAAAUGUGUGAUCUUGCAGCGAAGUUUUACAAUUUUUAAGGCCAUGUAGCCAUCUGAUAAAACUGUGAUCAUGAACACACAAAGCUGAGUUUGUGCCAAAAAAAAAAAAAAAAGGAGCACUUCUUCUGUUAUAGGGUGUAUUCAAGCUGCUAAAACAGUUCAGUUGUACAAGUAUAUGCAUUUAAGUUUUCUGUUUGUUCUGUCUUUGUAUGUUUUUGUACAUACUUCACAAAAGUGACAUUUUAAAUGAUCUCAUCCGACAGUCAACUGCUUGUUAGGUUUCUGUUAACCCGUAGAAAGUAUACUAAAAGCACAACGACAUCAGAGCCCAUUUUCCCAUCUUCCCCGGUGUCACACCACGUUCAUACACUAUAUAUUUUUUUUUGUAUGUCUCCCUGUGGGGCUUGCAGGCCUUUGCUGAAAAGUGAGGGGAAAUGGGAGUGGAUUUGCCUCAACAUGAGGAAAAAUAUGCCUGAUUAGACAUGCCCUUGUUUGUAUGAGUCUGUUAGAUUUAUUGCUUCAGAUUAAAAUAACUGUUUCAA